AAAUAAGGCCGUUGAAUCAAUUUCAGAUUUAUGGCGAAUCCUCAGAUCUUCCAUCUCGUCCAGAGGUUCCUCUUCGUCGCCGUCGCUCGGAAAAAGUUCCGAUUCGUUUGGCCGGGAAAUGCUUUGCUCCCUAGAAACUUUCAAGUGAUCGCGUUGCGUGUAUAAAUCAGAUUAAUCCUGAUAUGUCGAAUUGGAGACAUAAGGUAUUGAGAAAUCUGAGCUCAAUUCAAAGAGCUAGCUACUCAACUACGUCUUCAAGAACCAACAAACUAAAGCUUGAUGACCUUAGAAAACUCCGGCCGAUGAUUUUAAAAAGAAUCGAGAACCGAGCCAAAGAUUACCCGGUUAAAGAGAUUGUUCCUGUGGCUGAAGAUAUUCUUAUAGCCAGAAAGAAUCUAAUCAGUAACGUCACUGCCCUUCUUAAAGUGUUUCCUGUCUUGACAUGCAAAUUCUGCUCAGAAGUGUUUGUUGGCAAAGAAGGACACUUGAUUGAGACAUGCCGUAGUUAUAUACGGCGUGGCAACAAUAGACUACAUGAAUGGGUUCCUGGUUCAAUAAACGAUAUACUUGCCCCCGUCGAAUCAUAUCACUUACACAACAUUUCUCAAGGUGUUAUCAGACACCAACAGAGGUUUGAUUAUGACCGUGUUCCCGCAAUCUUGGAGCUAUGUUGUCAAGCAGGAGCCAUUCAUCCCGAAGAGAUCCUGCAGUAUUCCAAGAUUCACGAUAACCCGCAAAUUUCGGAUGAGGAUGUUAGGAGUUUACCUGCUGGAGAUCUUAAAUAUGUUGGUGCAAACGCUCUAAUGGCGUGGGAGAAACUGAGAGCAGGUGUGAAGAAACUCUUGUUGGUUUAUCCUUCAAAAGUUUGCAAACGGUGCAAGGAGGUUCACGUUGGACCGAGCGGUCAUAAAGCUCGGCUAUGUGGUGUGUUUAAAUAUGAGAGCUGGCACGGCACUCAUUACUGGGAAAAAGCAGGUGUGAAUGAUCUGGUACCUGAGAAAGUGGUGUGGCACCGGAGGCCUCAGGAUCCGAUGGUUCUUUUGAACGAUGGGAGAAAUCAUUAUGGACAUGCCCCUGCAAUCGUGAGGCUUUGUAGCCAUGCUGGUGCCAUUGUUCCUGUUAAAUACGCUCGCAAAAUGAAGCCUCAAGGUUUAUCUUUUCCUUUCAGUAGUUAUUCAGUUUCAAAUCACGAAACGUAGGGACUAGCUAUAACCAGUGGUUUUGACCAAGCUACACUAAAUCGAAGCUUUUGGUAGUCUACUCGUCUUUAUGUCUAUUGGUAUUCACUGUACUAUAUAACUCCACAUGAUGUCUGUUUUGGCGUUUUAGGAAUAAACUUCACAUAAAAUUAAUACACUUCAGACCUUUUAAACC